GCAUACCAAAAUGAGAAAAAUAGAGAUGAUUCUGAAGCACUUGAGUGAACAGAGGUGGUGUCGGUAGAUUGGAGAGAGAGCCCCAGUCACCAACGAGGCAGCGAACAGCCACGACAGCCAAGCUCGGCGCCACCACCGCUGUUCUCUACUCGACAUAAUGGCUGAGGGAAGGUCUCCUAUGAAGAGUGAGAGAAGAUCCCCAGUGAAGCGUGACCGCAUCACCGAUGUCCCAAAAACGUAUGACGGCAUGGUGACCAGCUUCAUCAUGACCCUCACCCACCGGCGGCCAGAAAAACUGAAGGAAAUUCAAGCUAUUAUGAAGCCAGAGAGUAGCACACUGGACAUGUUUUCCUUUCUAUGGGGACUAAGAGAAGCCCAUUUUAAGCUGAAUCCAGAUUAUUUUGCGUCCAAGAAGUCUGAUGAUAGUUCAUUUAUAUAUUGGCGGCUUGGCAACACUCACCUAAGUCGAAAAGAUAAAGAUCUUGCACUCAAAUACUUUAACCUUGCCAUACAGCUGGCGCCGCACCCUCCAAUGGUCAUAGAUGAUAAGGUGAUUUCUUGUCAAGUCUCAAUAAAAAGAGAUGAUAUUCAGGAAAAACUCGAGGGCAAUCCUGGCUGUCACAACUCUGAAGGCUGGGGAGAGUAUGUGUCUUUGGCACACGCAUAUGAAGCAAGAUCAUAUUUAUUGUUUGAUCUAGAGGAGUAUAGCAAAUGCAAGAGGGAUAUAGAACUCGUUCUGGACCUGGGAUGCCCACCCAUGAUAGCAGCCAAGCUGAAUCAUUUGAAAGCAGCAUGUGAAGAGAGGAUCGAAAGUCCCCGCGAGGAGGUGGUAGCGUCACCGACUUCAUCAACAUCUUCACAUUCUCGCAGAAGCGAAAGCGGAGGAUCGACAGAUUCUUCACCUCACAGAAAGCCUGUUGUGGAGCCUCCACUGUCAUUUAAGUACAAGUGUUCUGAUCCGCCAGUGUUGGUGGAUCACAGCUCGGCCAUCCCAGCAUUCAGCUCCUCGGUCGGUGUGGAGUACAGCGAGGACAUGGGACGCUAUUUGGUAGCUAAGAAGAAUAUUUCUCAUGGUGAACUUGUGGCGGUCGAGGAAGGUUACUGCACCGCCGUCCGGCUGGAGCAUGUGAGAACCUACUGCGUGGUUUGUCUCAAGCGAACACUCUCGCCCCUGCCGUGCCCGUCCUGCUCCAUGGUGGUGUUUUGCAGCGACAACUGCCGCAUUCAGGGUCUAGCCAACGUCCACUGGCAGGAGUGUCCCAUCCUGCCAACAAUGGCAGAACUCAACAUGGGCGUCAAUCCAUUAUUGGCUUUAAAUUUGUUUCUGAAAAACACAUACGAAGCUGAGGGAGAUCGCUCCCCAGGUCAUAGCUGA